UCUUGGUGUCCCUCAUGCUGUCGUCUCGUUAGUGCGUUGCGUGGCUGUACUGUAGUCUGUAGCAGUGCUUCGACUCGUGCAGUAGGUGCUUUUUCUGCGUAAUUCGUGAACGACAUACCGCGUAACAGGAAGUGUAUUGACUUGACUCGACGUUUCUACGUCGCAUCGUCAAAUCGUACGCCUUAUUAAUUCGUCGCAACGAAUACGUCUCGUAUUUACCUGAAACACUGACUCGUCCAUAGAGACCUAGAAGAAUAUCGUCGACGCACACGUAUACAUCGCCGGAACGCUAACGCAGAAUGGCGGAAGCCCAUUCAGCCGUAGCAUUCAGCUUCUCGAUAACACACGAAGGAUGGGAUGUAAAUUUCGAUCGGGAGGUACUUCACUUGGUAUGGCUUUCCGGUGUGCGAUCGUGGAAGAAGAGAUUUUUCCGAUUUCAGAAUAAUCUGAAAAGCGGCGUUUAUCCAGCUUCUUUGGAAAGCUUCUGGAUUACCGUGAUGUUAGUAACGGUGAUACACUUUGCUGGUUACAAGGUUCCGUACGAUCUCGUUGGAAAAGUUUCACCAUAUAUUUCUGGAUCCUCUAUACUUGCGCACCUGGCAGGCUCUGUUGUAGUUGGACUAUUCUUAUGGCUAACAGUUAUAUACGUGAUUCGGUAUACGUUGAAAUUAUUACUUAUGUACAAAGGAUGGAUGUAUGAAGCAAGAGGUAAGGAAAGCAAGCCAUCAAAGAUGACACAAAUCUGGCUCUUGCUGGUGAAGCUGUUUUCUGGUUGGCAUAAACCUAUGCUGUACAGCUUCCAAGGAUCACUACCACGUUUGCCGUUGCCGGCGGUAGCCGACACUAUGAGACGGUAUUUGAGGAGUGUACGGCCAUUGCUGGAUGAUGAGAAUUAUGCUCGCAUGGAAAGAUUAGCUAUGGAGUUCCAAAAUGGCAUCGGCGUCAAAUUGCAGCGUUACUUAGUUCUCAAGUCUUGGUGGGCCACCAACUAUGUAUCUGAUUGGUGGGAGGAAUACGUUUAUCUGCGUGGGAGAUCACCUCUGAUGGUCAACUCGAACUUUUAUGGAAUUGAUGCCAUUCUUUCGCAUCCUACGAAUUUGCAAGCUGCGCGAGCCGCAGCAGUUAUACAUUCUUGCUUGCAAUAUAGACGUCUUAUUGAACGUCAAGAAUUAGAACCGAUUCUGGUACAAGGAUUAGUCCCAUUAUGUUCUUGGCAAUAUGAAAGAGUGUUUAACACUACACGAAUUCCAGGAAUAGAGGUUGACAAGAUUAUGCAUUACCAAGAUGCCAAACAUAUUGUAGUUUAUCAUAAAGGCAGAUAUUUUAAGAUGUUAAUUUAUUAUCGAAAUAGGAUUCUUCAAGCAUGUGAAAUAGAACUUCAGAUCCAACAAAUUUUAAAUGACGCUUCAACACCGUCAGAGGGAGAAGAGAAACUAGCUGCAUUAACGGCUGGUGAAAGAACUGCCUGGGCGCGGGCUAGAAAAGACUUCUUUGCGAAAGGUGUAAAUAAAGCUUCUUUGGAUAUUAUUGAGAAGGCUGCAUUCGUAGUUGCAUUAGACGAUGUACCUUACGAAUAUGAUCCAGAUCAUCCAGACAAAUUAGAUCAUUAUGGUAGGAUUUUAUUACAUGGAAAAGGAUAUGAUCGAUGGUUUGAUAAAUCAUUUACGCUGUGCAUUGGGACCAAUGGCAGAAUCGGCUUUAAUGCAGAACAUUCUUGGGCAGAUGCUGCAAUCAUGUCGCACUUGUGGGAGUACGUGAUAUGUUCGGAAUUCCUGCACACAGAGGCUGAUGCACCGGUGAUGGGAACUCUAUGGGAAUUUAUUAUAGCUGCUGAUAAUGAAAUUGGAUAUAAGGACGGACAUAGUGUGGGCACUCCGGAAUUUACACCUCCAGCUCCAAUUCGAUUGCAGUGGGAUCUAAAUGCUAAAUGUAUUAAAGCUAUUGAGCAAUCCUAUCAGGUAGCACGAGAUAUAUUGAAUGAUGUUGAGUUGCGUAUUUAUGUGCAUGAUGCUUAUGGCAAAGGUUUAAUGAAAGCUAAUUCCAUAUCGCCAGACGCCUAUAUACAAAUUGCACUUCAAUUGGCAUAUUAUCGCGAUGCUGGAAAGUUCAGUUUAACUUACGAAGCUUCUAUGACGAGAUUAUUCCGAGAAGGUAGAACAGAAACAGUUAGACCAUGCACUAUCGAAUCUGCUAAAUGGGUGAAAGCAAUGGAAAACAAAGCAACAACGAUGGAUGAAAAAAUUAAAUUACUCUCAGAUGCAGUAGCACAACAUCAGAAAGGUUAUCAGGAUGCCAUGUGUGGUAAAGGGAUAGAUAGACACCUAUUCUGUUUAUAUGUAGUAUCAAAGUACUUAGAAGUAGACUCACCAUUUCUGAAGGAGGUUCUAAGUGAACCGUGGAGAUUGUCAACAUCACAAACUCCGCAUGGUCAAACUUCAAAAUUGGAUUUGAAAAAAUAUCCUAAUUGCAUUUCAGCAGGUGGUGGAUUUGGACCUGUAGCUGAUGAUGGCUACGGUGUUUCUUAUAUAAUUGCAGGAGAAAAUCUUUUAUUUUUCCAUGUCUCUAGUAAACGAUCUUCAUCAAAAACGGAUGCUGCAAGAUUUGCAAAGCAGAUAGAGAAGGCACUUGGUGAUAUGAAAAACUUACUAGACCAGAAAAAGAAAAUACAUCAGAACGGAUCCGCAUGAUUUAUUUAUUAUUUGUAACAGUCUUACAAAAAUGAUUAUAACUGAAAAAGAUUCCGGCACAUGGAAAGAUUUAAUAUAAGACAUAAUUUAAUAGCCUUUUGAAA